GCAGAUGUGUUUUAGCACUGGGAUGGUUUACCUCUUUUUGGUGGUUAUUAAUGGGUGCUUUUUAUUACGCAGAUCUGGCAACCCUGCACAGUUACAUGGCGGCCCCCACCCGACACAGUCAAACAGACGCUGAUCGCCUAGAACAGCACACAGUUAAGUCGUAACAGAACAUCAGAAAGACCAAUCUUCUGACUUACAAUCAAGCCUUUCAUGUCAGAGAAAUUGGUCUGAUUUACACGUGUGCAGGAGGACGAGAAGUGGACCAUGUUUGUAUUCGUUCCAGGGAUGUGCUGACAGAUUCUGCUGAUCUCCUGGCGUCCCUGAAUUUCGGAAACAUUUAACGUGCACACAAUCCACAGCCAUGCAGACUGAUCCCGUGCUGCUUGAAUCCGCGGUUGUCUUUGCUAUAGUGCUUUCCGUUCACGGGGCCGUGUGGAAUCAGCUGUCCUGGUGUUGCAUCGCAUUGGCCGUCCAGGCUUUCUAUGUUCAGCACAAAUGGGAUCGCCUUAUUCGGGCCGGUGCCGCCGUGUUUCAGUUUCGCCCCGCAGCCAACAGCGGAGUCCUACCGGCCAGCAUGGUGCUGCCACUCUUGGGUAUCGCUCUGAGGGGACGUUGCGUUGCAGUGGGUAACGUCUACUUUGAACGUUUUGCCUUGGUGAUAACAGUCACGGGUAUGAUGUUGGCACUGUUCCUGUCUCUCAUAGCACUGGGUAUCACGCGCCCCGUGCCCACAAACACCUGCGUUAUAGCUGGCAUCGCAAGCAGCGCUAUCCUGUAUACCGUGAAGCAAACGCUGACCGUCUCGGAGGUGAUUGAGGUCUUGGAGGUCUUGUUGAUCUUUGUGUAUCUGAGUUUAAUCCUGUUGUACCUCCUUCCACGCUGUUUCACGCCCGGUGAGGCUCUUCUCAUCCUAGGCGGCAUUAGUUUCAUUAUUAACCAGCUCAUUAAACGCUCUCUGGUGUCUGGUGGGAACGCAAACGCAGACCCACUUCCAUUUUUCCUCCCGGUCGCUGUGUUGGGCUUCGUGCUGUUGGGAAUCUUCUUCACCGUGCUGUUCAUGUUCAUGGAAUCAGAAACGUGGGCGGCCUCUUUGUUUUUCCACAUGAUGACCGCUGUUUUGGGGUUGGGAUUGUUGGUGCCUUGGCUUUCCAUGCUUACGCAGCAUCACCCAGUGACCUGGUUGCUAGAGUUCAUCACCCAGAGCAACACCCGACUCUGGCUUAUUGGAUUUUGGGUGGCGUUGGUGCUUUUGGCUGCUGCGGUGGUAAUGCAUCAAAACAGUCAUCGCUCGGGCAGUAGUAAGAAACACCAGGCGUCUACCACGGUACGGAAAUAUUUCCAUCUCCUUACCGUGUUGACCUUCGCCCCUGGAUUGGCACUGGAUCGCCCCCUGCUCCAUCUGGCCGCCGUCGGGUGUCUCUCCGCAUUCCUGUUCUUGGAGUUCGUCCGAUAUUUCCGUAUUCGACCGCUUGGGUCUCCGCUAAGGCGCCUGCUCACCUUGUUCUUGGAUGAAAGAGACUCUGGACCCCUCAUUCUCACCCACAUCUACCUGCUGUUGGGUGUCGCUCUACCUAUCUGGCUCUUACCUGGGCCUUGCAUCCCCAAAGGAGGAUUAGGGGGUGCCGGUGGUCUGGUACCCUAUGCAGGGGUGUUGGCCGUGGGGGUCGGGGACACCGUUGCGUCCGUCUUUGGUAGCACAGUCGGUGAGAUCCGCUGGCCUGGCACCAAGAAGACUUUUGAGGGCACAGCGAGCUCAGUGUUUGCUCAGAUCAUUGCUGUGGUCAUCUUCCUCAUCGCUGACAGUAGCAUAAACCUGAACGCCAGUUAUUCAUGGGUAGUGGGAUCCAUCACCAUGGUUGCCAUGUUGGAAGCAUACACAUCACAGAUCGACAACCUACUCCUUCCUCUGUACCUCUACAUCCUUCUGCUGUUAUGAAGUCUGAGCUACACUAAAGUAUUUAAACACUCACAUUAUGCCAAUGCACAGAUAUUAAAAGCAUUACAUUAAAUAACACGAUAUGAUGCAGUAUAGCCCUGGUCAAAAAACCUAGUACUGUCCUAACAGGGAAUUAUUUAAGUAUUGACAGCAAAAUGCAAUAAAACAGAUGUUAAUUGAGUGUGGUUUAGACCCAAGUAAACAGAAAUGCUCUGAAAUGUAUUUGUAAACACUAUAAUUUUUGACGUAUUGAACCACUGUCCAAACACAAAAUGGCACAACAGUUCAAAAUUUUGUACAUCCCGGUGUUUGAAAACAUGCAUAAUUGUUCAGCAUGACACACUGCAACUUUAAAUAUUUUUCAUUUUUAUUCUGUAUUUUGGGUUUACAUGUGAAUUUAAUUAUAUUGGUUGUGUAUUAAAAUGAACUUGUUUGUGA